UGUAUCAUAUGAAGAGUGACAUUUAAAGGAAAACCCCUCUGUCUGCUAUAAGUGCGCGUUACCCGGUUUCCUCAAUCUCUUUCUGUAAUAGGGAGUCCGGUGGGGAAGUUCAACCCGAACUGCUUGUCACUUAUAAACUCUUCGAAACAUCACAAUGAGUGGACUUCAGGGACUCGCCCAGGAGAACAUCUGGUUUGACAAGUCCAGAUACGAUGAGGCUGAGAGAAGCUUCUACGAGGGCAUGAACGGCAUCCCUCAGACAUCCCAGGAGAGAGAUGCUAGUGCCAUCCUGCAGGACAUUGCUAAAGCCCGACAGAAUAUCCAGCAAUCCCUAGCCGGAGUGAAGACCGCUCUACAUGGUAGUAAAGGGCACACUCGCGCGCAAAAACCACGAGAGAGGAAGACUAGUCAGAAUGCCAGCAAGUCUGAGGAUCAGAGUGAGCUGGUCUCUCGUCUAAAGAGUCUGGAACUGGACAACAAGAAUCUGCACAAAGUGGUGGAUGAUCUGAGAGCAGUGCUGUCCAAACUGGAGUCCAGAAUGGCUGUACUGGAAAAGAGCCAAGCGCCUGCUUCAAAGACUGUUACCGUUACAAAGGCUGCUCCUGUCCAGAAGCCCAAGGUUGAGGAACAUAAUGACGCUGACGAUGACGAUAUUGACCUGUUUGGCAGUGAUGAGGAAGAUGAGGAGGCAGAACGUAUCAAAGCAGAGAGGGUGAAGGAAUACGCCCAGAGGAAAGCCAAAAAACCAGCCCUCAUCGCCAAAUCCUCCAUCCUGCUGGACGUCAAACCUUGGGACGACGAGACGGAUAUGUCGAAGCUGGAGGAGUGCGUGCGCUCCAUACAGAUGGACGGCCUCCUGUGGGGAGCUUCUAAGCUGGUUCCUGUCGGCUACGGCAUCAAAAAGCUGCAGAUCAGCUGUGUGGUAGAAGACGAUAAAGUGGGAACAGACAUUCUGGAAGAGGAGAUCACCACAUUUGAGGAUUACGUCCAGAGUGUCGACAUCGCUGCCUUCAACAAGAUCUGAGCCUCUCGCCUCAAACAACCACCUCACACUGGGUUACUGCUGCUUUUAUAUCACACGGUUACCAAUAAACUGUUCAGCCACGUCAACCAA